GCAGUCGGUCCUCCGUUGCCCAUCCAUCCGUCCGUCCGUCCGUCCGUCCGUCCGCCGGCUCUUCCUCCUCGAACCCCGAGUCUGCAACCAGCCGCUCGCCGGCCGGGCACGCACGUCUGGGGACCCGACCCGGGGCUGGCCAAGCGACCUCGGCUUUUUCUUCCUCCCUCCCUCCCGCUCUGAGCUCCGCCUGGCGAUGCCGGCUGUGCGCGCCGCGGCGGCGGCUCGCUUCUCGGCGGUGCUGGCGGCGGCGGCGGCGCUGUGCGGCGCGUGUCUGCCCGCGGCCAGCGCCACCUUGAACUCGGUGCUCAUCAACUCCAACGCCAUCAAGAACCUGCCCCCGCCGCUGGGCGGCGCUGCGGGGCAGCCCGGCCCGGCCGUCAGCGCGGCGCCGGGGCUCGCGUACGAGGGCGGCAACAAGUACCAGACCCUGGACCACUACCAGCCCUACCCGUGCGCCGAGGACGAGGAGUGCGGCUCGGACGAGUACUGCGCCAGUCCCGGGCGCGGAGGGGGCGCCACCUUGCAGAUCUGCCUGGCCUGCAGAAAGCGCCGAAAACGCUGCAUGCGACACGCCAUGUGCUGCCCCGGGAAUUACUGCAAAAACGGAAUAUGCAUGCCUUCUGAUCAAAGUCAUUUACAUCGAGGGGAAAUUGAGGAAAGCAUCAUUGAAAACCUUGGUAAUGAUCACAGCGUCUUAGAUGGGUAUCCCAGGAGAACCACACUCGCUUCAAAAAUCUAUCACACCAAAGGACAAGAAGGUUCUGUAUGUCUCCGAUCAUCAGACUGUGCCACAGGUCUGUGCUGUGCGAGACACUUCUGGUCCAAGAUCUGCAAACCUGUCCUCAAAGAAGGUCAGGUCUGCACCAAACACAGGAGGAAAGGCUCCCAUGGCCUAGAGAUAUUCCAGCGCUGUUAUUGUGGAGAAGGGCUGUCUUGUCGGAUACAGAAAGACCAACAUCAAGCCAGCAACUCUUCUAGGCUUCACACCUGUCAGAGACACUAAAUCAGCCAUCUGAACACAAUGGACUCCUUUAUAUAAUAUAUGCUAUGAAAAUCGUUUAUGACUUUUGUGAACUCAAAUCCUAAGGAUGUACAAAUGUUUAUAACUAAGCAUUCCGAUAAUACCUUCCAAAAAUGUGGAGUGUGAAAGUUUUGUUUCUUUAUGGAACGCCCUGUGAUUGCAGUAAAUUACUGUGUUGUAAAGUCUCAGUGUGGCACUUACCUGUAAAUGCAACAAAAUUUUUAAUUAUUUUUCUAGAGGUGCUGCACUGUCUCGUUUCUCUUGUCAUGUAAAUUUUUAUAUACACUGAUUGUUACCUUGAGUGAUAAAUGUUCUAUAUUGAAUUGAGAUAAUUUCAGAUUAUAGUUCCUAAAUUCAGAACCCUUUCACCUUAUGUCUAGAGUUUAGAAACAAGGAGCUGUUGGAAUGACCAGUGAUAGGUAUCAAAAUGUUAACACGAAAAUUCUAGCUUACAUUCUGAAAUGUACUAUCUCAAUGCUUGGAUUAUAUUUCUCCAUAGGCUGUGAUAGUCCUUGAAAUAAAAAUUAAUAUUUAAUAUCAUGAAAUGUUACAAGCACAGAUAAAUUUGGGGAUUAUGGUCAUAGAGGUGUUUGUACGUAUGUAUGUUGUAGAAGAACAGAAAUGUAACUCUGUAGAAAUAACCAGGGAAAAUUUGUCUACUUCCAAGAUGGUAUCAAGUAACAUUAAAGAAAAUAUACUCUUCAUUGAUAAAUGAU